AAUGAUAUUAUCAAGAGGCUUAUUCAAAUUGCCAUUAAAACAAGUCUAAUAUUUCGGUAAAAGAAAAGAUUAUUAUGCAAUUUUGGGAAUAUAGAAGAAUGCCACAGAAGAAUAAAUCAGAGAAGCUUAUACAAAGAAAGCACAAAAGUACAUGUUAAUACAAAAAAUAUUAGACUCUAUCCAAAUGUUACUACAUCUGUUGCUAUAAAUGAUGCAUCAGCCCAAUAAGAAUUUUAAGAUGUGGCUGAAGCCUUUGCAAUAUUAUCAUAAAUACAAAGCAGAAAUGCCUAUGAUCUUUUGAGUAAAGAAUAACCAGAGUUAUUGUAUGGUGCCGAGAUGGAAAGAUAUAAAUAAUCAUUCGAAAGAAAUGAUGAUGGUACAUACAAAAGACCAGGAUAAGUGGCAUCAGAUUAUGCAAAAGAGAAGCAAGAUUAUUUGAAAAAAGAGAGAUAAGUUUUUAAUGUGGAUGAUUUUGGUAGAUACAAAGGAGGUACAAUAUUAUGUAUUUAUCAAAGGUGUUCCAAGACCAAACAAAGGAUCAGUUAGAGGAAAUGCUCUUAUGGGUGUUGGUUAAUAUCAUAGACCAUUAUAUCACAAUAUGAAAAAAAAUCCAUUUGAAACAGAGCAUCGUAUUACUUCUGAAGAUGCUGAAUAUUUUAGAGUUUGGUCUACUGAAGAGAGAACUUUUAAAGAAUGGACAUAUUUGCAUUAAAAUGCUGUUGUCGACUACGAUUAUUUAAAAGUAAAAUAUUCUAAUAUUCUUAAGUUUAAUGAUUAUAGAGCCUUCUAUAGAUGGACAAGAAAUUUCUUCUUGAUAUUUUUAGCAUUCCCUUACUUUUUCUAAUCAUUAUUUAGAGGUUAAUUGAGAGAAAUUAUAGAUGAGAUUAAUGUAGAGAUGGCUGAAGGAAUUCCUAUAGUUGGAAGAUAAUUUGGAAAUGUGUAGGUUGUUGUAGGCAAAACAGGAACACUAAAAUUAUAAGAUGCAAAUGGAGGACAUCAUCAUCAUCAUUGAA